AUGGGCCAGGGCCAGAGAAGGGGGCAGGAGGCUGGAAGGAAGGAUGAAGAAGAGACCCAGAGGCAGCAGAGGAUGGAAGACCAAGAUAUCACCAUCGGCAAAGAGAACGUGCAGGGAGAGGACUCACUCAAGUGGGCUGGGACCUUCCCCCCUGUCUUCUCCCCGCCUCCAAGGCCUCCACAGAAGCCUCAAAGACUGCUCACGGGAGACCCAGGAGAGGAGCAGGCCUGGAGGACACAGGGGAGGAGGCUGCAGCAGCGCGUACCCUGCUGACCCAGACAGAAGCAGCAGCGGCCACAGCCACGGGCUGAGCAGCCCUCCCAGGGGGCAAGGGAGUUCAAGGGCCUUGCGGCCACCCGUACAGUACAGACAGGCCCAAGCGCUGGGUCUGAGCAUUCCCUCUUCCAGGAAGCCUGCCCUGAUCAACACGCCUAUCCCAGAGCCCCUAAACAUUCCUGUUGUGAUAAUCAUCCUGACUUGGGGCUCCCAAGGGCAAGGGCUAUUUCUCCCCCACUCAACCUGGGACAACGCUUGGCCAGAGGCAGGACUGGAUGCUCUGUGCCUCGAACUGCUGGCAAGCCCCUAACGUGUAUGCAGAGUAGGGCUUUGGCAGGGGGUAGGCACCUACAGCACCCUCUCCUCUCUCUCUUCCCAGGUGAUGGAACCGUAAGCUUCAAAGACUUCCUGGGUGGUGGCCUCACUGACAGCCACCGACUCGCUCAGUGCUUGGGUGAGGGGCAAGGCUGGUGGGGCAGGAGUGGACCUGGCCAGGGGGAGGCUCUUCCUUACCUGCCGCCAUGUUCUCUUCCCCUAGGCAAGGUGAGGAACAGCCGGGUCUGUGAUCCCCAGGGCUUGCAAACCCUGUUCUUAGAGAUGCUGUUCAAGCUGUUGAGUCUGGGCUUUGUGCCCUUCAAGUCGGUACAGGAGGUGAUGAGCCACUACUCCAAGAAGCAGCGGUCUCUGCGGCUGAACUCGAACUGGAAGGGUGGGUCCGGCGGCCACGGCCGCACCUCGCGCUCUCAGGCGGGCCUCCCGAUCUUCUGCCAGGCCGCGCACCUUAGCGGCCUUUCCAGUGCCGAGCUGGCGUGCUCGCUGCACGGACUGCACAAAGCGGGUGCGCGCAGCGCCUACUCCCAGAUACCUAACUUGAACGGGCGGACGCAGUCAGAAUUCCACACGCAGAACCGAAUCCCGCGCCCAGACGUCCGACUUCCCAAGUCCUACCUGCCCAGCCAACCCAAGCGCCGGCCCAAUUGUGGGCGACUCAGCCAAGGUGAAAGUCGAAAGAGGCAGGAGUAUACGCGCCCUUCGAAGCUGGCUCCCUCCCCCCCAACUCUAGUGCAGAAGCAGCCCUUCUCCCCCUCUCCAGCCUGUUUGCAGAGACCUGCUAUGAAGAACUUGUACAAGUAAAGCGUUUGCUGAGCAAAAACAGGUUGCGCUUUGUGGGGGCGGGCACGGAGC